CCACAUGCUGAUACUACACUCUCCUGUAUACUUUUGUGUGCUCGCGUUCACGGCUGUGUUUAGACCUUUUCGACCCUCUUCUUUCUCAGUGGCCUAACCGCUUCCAGUUUUCUUGGAGUUAUCUCUGGCACUGUUUCCUCCAAUUCUUGGGGUGACCAAAAACGUUGAGGAAAGAAGAAUGAAUGGUAAAGGAAUUGCAUACAUCUGGGUCAUCCCCAAAAUCUAGUUUUCAAGAAUCGGAUUUUACUCCUCUAAUAUGGGGACCUGCAUAUCGCCCUGUUCAAUGUCAUCUAGUACUCGAGUUUCAGUGGGAACACUAGCCUCUCCAAGAGGGAGAAUUUCAAAGGAGCCUCAAAUGUGUAUAGGUAGUUCCCUGAAGAUAUUUGACAGGAAGAGUAGUUGCCAAAAGAAUGUGCUGGGGUUCUCUCGCUUUGAAUGUUCCAUUAACUCUCAAAAUGGUAGCCCAAACCACCGCAAAGACACUUUUUUGGAGCUGCUCAGAGGUGAUGAAAAUGAUAUGCUCUUUAGUGUGACGAAGGAGAGGUCCAAUGAAAGUGUGGAGGAGGGCUUAAGAGAAUCCUUCAUUCCUAGUGACUACAAAGAAGCCAAUAUCAAAGUUGUUGGUGUUGGGGGUGGUGGUUGUAAUGCUGUUAAUAGAAUGUUAGAGAGUUCAAUGAAGGGUGUGGAGUUUUGGAUUAUUAACUCAGAUGCUCAAGCCAUGAAGAUGUCCCCGGUUUUCCCAAAGAACCGUGUACAAAUCGGCCGGGAGCUUACUAGGGGUCUUGGUGCUGGUGGGAAUCCAGAUACAGGCAUGAAUGCUGCCAAUGAAAGCAAAGGGGUAAUAGUGGAGGCGCUUCAUGGUGCAGACAUGGUCUUUGUAACGGCUGGAAUGGGUGGAGGAACCGGCACUGGUGGGGCUCCAGUAGUUGCAGGCAUUGCAAAAUCCAUGGGUAUCUUGACUGUUGGUAUUGUAACAACUCCAUUCUCUUUUGAGGGACGAAGGCGGACAGUUCAAGCUCAGGAAGGAAUUGCAGCUCUAAGAAACAAUGUUGACACACUGAUUGUUAUUCCGAAUGACAAGUUGUUGACUGCAGUCUCACAGUCAACUCCAGUAACAGAGGCAUUUAAUGUGGCUGAUGAUAUACUUUGGCAGGGUGUUCGUGGUAUCUCUGAUAUAAUAAUGGUUCCAGGUCUAGUCAAUGUUGAUUUUGCUGACGUGCGGGCUAUCAUGAAAGAUGCUGGUUCUUCUUUAAUGGGGAUAGGUACUGCAACUGGGAAGAACAGGGCAAGAGAUGCUGCAUUGAAUGCCAUCCAGUCACCUUUGUUAGAUAUUGGACUAGAAAGAGCUACUGGGAUCGUGUGGAACAUAACUGGUGGAAGUGAUUUAACUUUAUUUGAGGUGAAUGCUGCAGCAGAGUUUAUACAUGACCUUGUGGAUCCCAGUGCAAACUUAAUAUUUGGAGCAGUGAUAGAUCAAUCACUAACUGGCCAAGUCAGCAUAACUCUAAUUGCUACUGGAGUCAAACGUCAGGAUGAAAGUAAAGGGAGGAAAACUCAGCUUGCACAAGGUGAUACUUCCUUGGGGAUGAAUAGACGUCCUCCCUCUUACACUGAAGGUGGUUUAGUGGAAAUCCCUGAGUUCUUAAAGAAGAGGAGCAGCCGCUCUCACUACCCAAGAGUCUAAGAUUUUUUUUUUUUUUUUUGGUUCUUUUCGCAAUGUAUAUAUCUGUUAAACUUUGGUUUGUCUUUGCUCCUCUUCCAAAACCAUGGUCCUUACCAGUUUGUGUAGGACACCAUAAAUAAACUGUUUUGAAAUUAAAUUUUGUUGCAAGAUUUAGAUUGCAUCAUUGAUCAAUAAAAAAAGAGUGAACUAGUUACUAUAUCCCUAUUACGUUU